UCGGUGCGAGUGAGAGCCAGGGGGGCGGGCCGGGCCGGCGGGCGGUGGCGCGAGCCGACGCGUGGACAGACCUGCGGAGGACGGCUGCUGCCGUGGGCCCUGCCAGCCGUGCGCGGACCCUCUCGCCGGGGCAUGCUUCGGGAUCGCGGGAGCCCGGCACCUGGGCCGCCCGCUGAGCCGUCGUGCGUCGCUUGCACCCCGGGAAUCCGAGCCCGGGGGAACCCAAGCCCGGCCUUGGGCCGAAACGCUGCAGCGUGCCGGACGAGGAGGGGGCUGCAGGCCCCAGAUCCGAGGGCAUGGAGCGGUUAGGGGAGAAAGCCAGUCGCCUGCUAGAAAAGUUGAGACUCUCGGAUUCCGGCAGCGCCAAGUUCGGCCGCAGAAAGGGUGAAGCGAGCCGGUCUGGGUCUGAUGGGACCCCCGGAGCAGGCAAGGGGCGCCUGAGUGCGUUGGGGGGACCUAGGAAAUCAGGACACCGAGGAGCUAAUGGGGGACCUGGGGAUGAGCCUUUGGAGCCGCCCAGGGAGCCAGGGUCCCUGGACGCCGAGCGGAACGCACGCGGCUCCUUUGAGGCGCCGCGCUUCGAAGGGUCCUUUCCUGGGGGGCCGCCGCCCACUCGAGCCUUGCCUCUACCUCCCUCGUUGCCUCCUGAUUUUCGGCUGGAGACCACGGCCCCGGCCCUCAGCCCUCGCUCCAGCUUCGCCAGCAGCUCGGCCAGCGAUGCGAGCAAGCCGUCGAGCCCCCGGGGCAGCCUGCUGCUGGACGGGGCGGGGGCCAGCGGAGCCGGAGGUAGCCGGCCGUGCAGCAAUCGGACCAGCGGCAUCAGCAUGGGCUACGACCAGCGCCACGGGAGCCCGCUGCCCGCGGGGCCGUGCCUGUUCGGCCUCCCCCUGACUACUGCUCCGGCGGGCUACUCCUCUGGAGGGGUUCCGUCCGCCUACCCGGAGCUCCAUGCCGCCCUCGACCGACUGUGCGCUCAUCGUCCGGUGGGGUUCGGCUGCCAGGAGAGCCGCCACUCGUACCCCCCAGCCCUGGGCAGCCCUGGAGCUCUAGCCGGAGCCGUGGUGGGAACAGCGGGGCCCUUGGAGAGACGUGGGGCGCAACCCGGACGACACUCGGUGACGGGCUACGGGGACUGCGCCGCGGGGGCCCGUUACCAGGACGAGCUCACAGCAUUGCUGCGCUUGACGGUGGCUACCGGUGGGCGAGAAGCCGGUGCCCGCGGGGAACCCUCGGGGAUUGAGCCGUCGGGUCUGGAGGAGUCUCCUGGUCCCUUCGUCCCAGAGGCCUCCCGAGUCCGGAUGCGGGAGCCAGAGGCCAGAGAAGAUUACUUUGGCACCUGUAUCAAGUGUAACAAAGGGAUCUACGGGCAGAGCAAUGCCUGCCAGGCCCUGGACAGCCUCUACCACACCCAAUGCUUUGUCUGCUGCUCCUGUGGACGAACUUUGCGCUGCAAGGCUUUCUACAAUGUCAACGGCUCUGUCUACUGUGAGGAAGAUUACCUGUUUUCAGGGUUUCAGGAGGCAGCUGAGAAGUGCUGUGUCUGUGGCCACUUGAUUUUAGAGAAGAUCCUACAGGCCAUGGGGAAAUCCUACCACCCAGGCUGCUUCCGAUGCGUCGUUUGUAACAAGUGCCUGGACGGCGUCCCCUUCACCGUGGACUUCUCCAACCAGGUGUACUGUGUCACUGAUUACCACAAAAACUACGCCCCCAAAUGUGCAGCCUGUGGCCAGCCCAUCCUCCCAUCAGAGGGUUGUGAGGACAUUGUGAGGGUGAUAUCCAUGGACCGUGAUUAUCACUUUGAGUGCUACCACUGUGAGGACUGCCGCAUGCAGCUGAGCGACGAGGAAGGCUGCUGCUGCUUCCCUCUCGAUGGACAUCUGCUCUGCCAUGGCUGUCACAUGCAGCGACUCAGUGCCCGACAGCCCCCCACCAACUAUAUCUGAGCUGUCCUUGCUGCUGCCGCUGCCGCCAUCACCCCUGUGGAGAAGUUCUCUGGCUAGCCGAGGCGAGGAAUG